UAGUAUCUCCUCGAAAACCAGCUGUACAUCAUUGUGAUUUCCACACUACUCUAAAUCGUAUAAAAAUCGAUCGGCAACUGGCUAUUAGUCAGUUUAAUGAAAUAGGAAGGUUCAUGAUGUUGGAACUGCUGGAGAUUAAAACUAAGAGGUUAUCCAUUGAUAAAGACGCCGCCAUUGUCGAUUGGAUCGAUCGUGUCGCGCCGUCCAUGACCUACGAUGAAUUUUUUACGAAAUAUUUAAUUCCGAACAAACCGUGCAUCUUUAAUACGAAAAUCACAGAGAAUUGGUCGUGCAGAAGACAAUGGAACGACGACAAUGCUCCAGAUUUCGACGUACUCGAUUUAUUAUUCGGAAAUUGUGUGGUGCCAGUUGCGGAUUGCAACAAAAAGUAUUACAAUUCUCAGCAAAAAGAUGACAUGAGAAUGAGCGACUAUUUAAAUUAUUGGAUGGACUAUACCAGAAGCAACUCUUCCAAUUCUAUGUCGCUUUUAUAUUUAAAAGAUUGGCACUGUCCAAGACUAUUUCCCAAUGCUCCGAUGUAUAAUGUUCCCCAGUACUUUGCCUCUGAUUGGCUUAAUGAAUAUUACAUUUCCAAUCCUAGUCUAAACGAUGACUAUAGAUUCGUUUACAUGGGGCCUAAUGGAACAUGGACUCCAUUGCAUGCAGAUGUGUUUGGAUCGUAUAGCUGGUCUGCAAAUAUAGUUGGCAAGAAACGGUGGUUACUUUUUCCUCCUCAUCAAGAAGACUUUCUACGAGACAUCAAUGGUCAAUUAAUAUAUGAUGCAACUUCUGAUGAGUUGAAUGAUUACAAAAAGUACAGAGCUUACGACAAACGAGCUUUGAAGUGCAUUGAUGUGAUCCAGAACCAGGGUGAAAUUAUAUUUGUACCAUCCGGAUGGCACCACCAAGUUUGGAAUCUGGAAGACUCGAUUUCCAUAAAUCAUAAUUGGAUCAAUGGAUGCAACAUAGUAGAUGUGUGGCGCGGAUUAAAGAAAGAAUUGAGUUUGGUGAUGAAGGAGGUCACAGAUUGUCAAGAUAUGAACAAUUGGGCAGAACAGUGCCAAUUAAUAUUGAAAUCUACUUAUGGAAUGGAUUAUUAUCUGUUCUUCGACUUCAUAGUCUUCAUAGCAAAGCGACGUUUGAACAUGAUCUUGAAGAAAGAGAAAGUAAUAAGCUUCAACAAAUACGAAUUUGGAGUAAAUCAUUGUCUGUUCGAUCUGGACGCCAUAAGAUUAAUUUUAAUCGACUUUAUCAACGACGCGGAGGAGAAAUCUAUCUACGAUUUAAUUUGUGAAAGGAAACAAGGCCACAAAUUAUUAAACAAAAUUGUUUUGCUUCUACAAACAUACAAUAGCGAGGAUCAACCAACGAUUAUAAAGAAUAUUGACGUUCAAAGCGAAGAUGAAAUGUGAUGAGAUUGAUAGUUUCUAAUUACCAUGUACAAUUUCUGUAAACAAUAUAGAUAAGUUUUUAUACAAUUGGAAAUAACUAAUUCUAAGAUGCAUUUUUAAUUGUUUAAUAAUAUGAUAGUUUCAAUGUAAAUAAAGUAAAUGGAUAC